CGAAAGCAAAGAUGCAGGUAAUGAAGGAAAGUGAGGACUGGAGUCAGGUCUCGACUCCUCGUAGCCCGGAGGCCAAAUUGGGGAUGCAGGUGGAGGAUCUGUGGGACGUUCAGGAGCCGCAACUCAGCCCUACGGAGAAGCUCAAUGCUUGUUUUGAGAGCAUCCCCGUCUCCGACUUCCCUCCCGCCGCUCCUAAUCAAGUGAUUGAGAUUAAAUCGGAUGCAAGUUUGGGGGAAGCUGUGAAGCUGCUAUCACAAAACAAACUGUUAGGUGCGCCUGUUGUAGAUGUCGAUGCUCCUGAAGAUGCUAGUUGGAUCGACAGAUAUAUUGGCAUCGUGGAGUUCGCCGGAAUUGUGGUCUGGAUUCUGCAUCAGACAGAAAAGAUGGAAGGGUCAUCAAUUUGGGAUGAAGCAAGUGCUGCAUUGGAUGAUAAAUUUGGUCCUGCUGUUGCUGCUGCUGCUAACGGAAUGUGUUCUCCCAGAUUCAAGAGCUUGCACCCUGAGUCUCCUACAGCAACUUCCGGGAAUUUUUUUGAGGCUCUGACUUCUUCUGACCUAUAUAAGAACACAAAGGUUCGAGAUAUUUCUGGGUCAUUCCGAUGGGCCCCGUUCCUGGCCUUGCAAAGUUCCAACUCCUUCCUGACAAUGCUUCUACUGUUGUCUAAAUAUAGAAUGAAGAGUGUUCCCGUGGUUAAUUUAGGGGAAGGAAAGAUCGAUAACAUCAUAACUCAAUCUUCUGUCUUGCACAUGCUUGAAGAAUGUGCUGGUCUCCAUUGGUUCGAGAGCUGGGGUUCAAAAAAACUAUCUGAACUUGGUCUCCCUGUGAUGAAGGCUCAUCAUAUUAUUAAGGUUAACGAGGAUGAACCAGUUCUGCAGGCAUUCAAGCUAAUGAGACAAAAAGGUGUGGGUGGACUACCGGUGGUUGAAAGUGGCGGGAGCAAAGCAAUUGGUAAUAUAAGCAUCAGAGAUAUUCAGUUCCUUCUUAUUGCACCUGAAAUCUAUAAGGACUACAGAUCCAUCACAGCAAAGAACUUCAUAACAGCAAUUCAACGGUACCUAGGGGAUCAGGCAGAUGGAUCGCCAAUGCUAAGCGGGAUGGUGACAUGUAGAAGAGACGACAGCCUUAAGGAAGUGAUAACGAAGUUGGACUCCUUGAAGAUCCAUAGGAUAUAUGUGGUGGAUGAUGAUGAGAAUCUGGAGGGUAUCAUCACCCUGAGAGACAUUAUCUCUAAGUUGGUACACGAACCUCGCGGUUACUUCGGAGAUUUCUUUGAUGGUGUCUUGCCUCUGCCUGCCAACACCAGGGUCUGAUAUUAUAUACUCCCUGUCCAUGUACAUCCAACUCUGACCAUUCUGCUGAUCUCUCCAAUACUUUUCCUAAUCAACAGUUGGAUUUUUUAAAUUUUCCACUUUGAGUCUGAUUUCCAUUUCUGUUCCUGUUCUAAUUACAGGCGAGGCAGGUUCCGUUGUAAUUAGUGUUUGCAUAGAUAAUCAUCUUGUAUUUUGGAACUCUUUUUCCAUUGUUCGUCUUCAUAUUAAUAAUUUCACUUCACUCUGGUCGGUUAAAUAUGUAUUUCAUCGAUGUUCAGUGCAAAUGUAAGAAUACGAAAUGAAAUAUAGAUGGU